AGUUAAUUAAUUAAUUAAAGUGUGUGUCUGAAUUUGCAAAAAUGGCUUUUCCUUUUCCUCUUUCUUUUUGGGUUCCUUUGGUGUUGUUUGUUUUGGUGGAAUCCGCCGGCGGCGCGUGGGACCCAAUAAUCCGGUGGCCGACGGACCGCCGUGGGAGUGACGAGAACGCCACCAGAUGGGCGGUGCUGGUCGCCGGCUCCAAUGGCUAUGGGAAUUAUCGCCAUCAGGCUGAUGUUUGUCAUGCCUACCAAAUACUUAAAAAUGGGGGUUUGGAAGAUGAGAACAUAGUAGUUUUCAUGUACGACGACAUUGCGAACAAUGGACUCAAUCCGAGAAAAGGAACAAUCAUUAACCAUCCGAAGGGAGGCGAUGUUUACGCCGGUGUUCCCAAGGACUACACGGGCAAGCAUGUGACAGCGGAUAACUUCUAUGCGGCACUUCUAGGUGACAAACAUGCAGUGAAAGGCGGGAGUGGAAAAGUAGUCGAUAGUAAGCCGAAUGAUAGAAUAUUCAUAUACUACUCGGAUCAUGGUGGCCCAGGCGUGCUCGGUAUGCCGAAUACACCAUACAUAUAUGCGAGAGAUUUCAUCAAUGUGUUGAAGAAAAAGCACGCGGCUAAAUCCUACAAAGAAAUGGUUAUAUAUGUUGAGGCAUGCGAGAGUGGGAGUAUAUUUGAAGGGUUGAUGACAAAUGAUUUGGACAUAUAUGUGACAACGGCAUCAAAUGCAGAAGAGAAUAGUUAUGGCACGUAUUGUCCCGGAAUGGACCCUCCACCGCCGCCGGAAUACAUCACAUGCUUAGGAGAUUUGUAUAGUGUAUCUUGGAUGGAAGAUAGCGAAUCUCAUAACCUCAAGAAAGAGACAAUAGAGCAACAAUAUUGUAAGGUCAAGGAACGAACGUCCAACUUCAAUGAUUACAAUAUCGGAUCUCAUGUUAUGGAAUACGGGAACACAAACAUCUCCUCCGAGAAGCUCUAUUUGUAUCAAGGGUAUGAUCCGGCAACCGAAAACCUUCCUCCAAAUGAAAUCCAUUUGAAACAAAAGAUGAAGACCGUCAACCAGAGAGAUGCCGACAUUCUUUUCUUAUGGGAGCGAUACAAGAUGUUGGACGAUAAAUCAAGUGAGAAGAAUGAAGUUUUGAAGCGCAUGACCGACAAGAUAGUGUAUAGGAAACAUUUGGAUGCCAGUGUAGACACGAUCGGUUAUCUUUUAUUCGGCCCCCACAAUGGCCCCUCCGUUCUCAAACAUGUCCGAAGCCGAGGUUUGCCCCUUGUCGAUGAUUGGGAUUGUUUAAAAUCAAUGGUUCGGGUGUUCGAGUCGCAUUGUGGUUCGUUGACUCAGUACGGAAUGCAACACAUGCGGGCAUUUGCAAAUAUAUGUAACAACGGAGUUUCGACUAAGGCGAUGGAGGAAGUUACCAUGACGGCUUGCGGCAAUCGGAUCUUCGGUAAGUGGAGUGGGUUGAGUGAAGGCUAUAGUGCCUAAGGUUAAGAUUGUGAAGAGUUGAGAGUUGGGGUUGGUUAUAUAUAUAUUGUGCAAAUUAAGUUUAAUGUUGGAUUGGUGUCUUAAAUAAGAUUUGUAUAGGCUAACUUGGCAAUGCCCUUUAGGACAUAUAUCGAUCGAUUUAGCUAUA